UGGCAGAUCCGUUACAGGGUUUAGUUUAGGAAUAAUCAUCACGGCUUGAUAAAAUGGAUUUUAUUUAGAGACUGGGCCUCAUCAUCCAAUCUAGGGUCGGAAUUUAAAAUGGGAUGAACUAAUAGGCCCUCCGAGUAUAAGAUCCUGGAGCUUGUCGAUGCCUGCACGAUGGCCCAGCUUGCAGCAUUUUGUGCUAUUGCUUCCUUUCUUUGGCUGUCUCACAGCAUCGAAAGACAUCCCUUAAUAGAUCAUCCUCGACUCUCUGCUUCGCUCAUUCUCCUUAUAACGGGAAUUGCUUCAUUCGCCGUCAGUUUCUUCUCUGUGUGGCUGCCAGGCGCCAAUGGGAGAUUCGAUGACGAGCUAAGCAGCGCCCCCUUCCUCAGGGGCACCCAGAGCAAUCUGCCAAAACGGCCACGCCGUUAUUUCCUCCCUGUUCUUAUAUUUGCCAUCGUUUUGAGGCUCGAGUUGUUCCACCGAGUUGCCUAUGACCUCCAGUGCUCAGCUCCAGACAUCGAGAGCUUCUUGCCCGUGAUCAUUCUUUUCUACGAACUUCUGCCCGGACGGAAGUCUAGACAAGAGGCAAAUGAGCCCGACGACUUUCCGAAGACACUGUUCGAGGACUUCUUGGACUGGCUGAAGAGCUUUAAGCACUCUAGACCCAUCUUGGUCAUCAGCACUCUAGCUUUUACCUAUGGCGCCCACUUGAUCUCGAAGCGAAACCUCAGGUCGACUUUCUUUUGCUCCGGUCUUGACAGCGGCUCCCUUAUUGUUGCGCUGCAAUGGCUCGGGUUAUUCCUGGAUGCCACCAUCGCCAUCCUGCUUUGGCGGAUUCUCGCCUGGGCUCGAACAACCAGGAGCCGGCUGAAAACCCUCAGCGGCAUUUUUGUGUCCUCAUCUCUGAUCAUGGGGUUCCUGUCCCUGACACUGGGUCUGUUCGGGCCGUCGAAUACCACCGCCCACCAUUACAAGGCCCCUGACUCGCUGUAUGUCUUCGACAUAUUUGCAGAUGGGUUCAUCUUCUCCGUCUUCUGCAUCUCGUCAGGUUUCAUCAUGUGUGAACAGGGUCCCGCAAAAUUCGUUGCUACUCUUGUUUUCAUGUCUGGUUUGCUGGCCACGACCCAGAGGACGCUGCUUAUUGGAACUUGGGAGAAUAUAUGGCGAUUAGAAACCAACAUUGCGCUGUCUCUGCUCUGCCUCGGUUUCGUCUUCUUUGCCUACACCAUCGGGCUUCGGUCGGUUGCGUUCGUGGGGCGCGUAUUCCUCGUUGGGCUCCUACUCAUCCUUGUUAUAGCCUCCGCCAUAUUCUCCCUAGUGAAGAAGCCGUCGCUCGAUAGCCACCCGCUGGAGAGACUUAUCUACGACAGACGCGUGGAGGCAGAUCGAUGGCUGGUCCAUGCAGCCGUGAGCAAGACGCUGAAAGUUGCCGUGCAAGAAUACAAGGAGCGAAACCAUGGCCGCGACCCUCCACCAAAGUUCGACACCUGGUACAGAUUUGCCGCUGAACGGAACUCGCCCAUUAUCGAUCACUUUGCGCAGAUUAGCAGCGAUACCCUCCCGUUUUGGGCCUUUCCACCCGAGGAGAUCCGGCAAGCCGUCGCUUUGGUUGCCUCACAGCCGGAUAUCGCACUCGUCAAAGUUCAAAAUGGCGUCGCCUCGCACAAGCAGCCUGAAGACUCGCCCCACCACUCCGUGCUGGAUAACCUCGUUGGCAUGAUCAGUACCUUUGGCAGGCAUCUGCCGAACAUGGAGAUUGCAGUUAAUCUGAAUGAAAGACCGAGAGUCCUUGCCCCGUGGAUCGGCACGCAUAGGUUGGGCGAAACCGGGAAGCACCACGGUUUGAGAAAGCUCAUCUCUCGAGGGUCUGAAGCGCCACCGUCUGUCGAGGAUACCCAACCUGGGGCAUCACCAAGGGGAGAAGUACCACUCGUCGACUAUACGGGCUCCACCUCUGUACGAACCUUCCGGCAAAUGACCGCCUUGACUUGCCCCCCGGGGUCGAGAGCAAGAUCUGGCGUCCAUUGGAAUAUCCGAGACUUCUGCUCAGUCUGUGCUAAGCCACAGUCACAAGGGCAGUUUCUCAAAGGGUGGGACGCCGCUCAGGACCUUUGCCACCAGCCAGAUAUCUAUCGUCUCCAUGCUUUCCAUGCUUCUCCCCCGGACCUGAUGCCCCUCCAACAUCUCCUGCCCGUCUUUAGCAGAUCCAAGACUAGCAGCUAUAGCGAUAUCCUCAUACCUCUGGCCCGACCGAACGACACCGUCGUGGCGGACGAUGCGGGAGCCGAUUUUACCAUGAAGUCAGACAGAUUGUACUGGCGGGGAAGCGUCGGUGCGCGAGGUCUCAGCAACGAGCUGCUUCAUGGAGGGCACCAGGAGCGACUAGUCCAUCUCAUCAACAACUCGUCCGCAUCAGACAAGGUAAUGCUUCUACUGUCCACGAAAGAGAACAAGGACCGGUUCGCCUACGAAUCGGUUCCCGCUUCGGAAGUGAACAAGGCCCUCCCCAUCGACGUCGGCAUCCAGGACUACGGAGCCUGCAGCAGCAGCACUGAGGCGACCUGCGAGGCGGCCCAGCACGAACUGGGCCUCAAGCCGGAAGCGAGACCGCUCGGGAACAGAUACGUCCUCCUCACGGACAGCGACGACGGUCCGCCGGCCGGCCUCGUGCCGGCGCUGCGCUCGACGAGCGUGCCGUUUGUGACGUCCGUGUUCAGGGAGUGGCAUGCAGAGCGCGUGAUGCCUUGGGUGCACUUUGUGCCCGUCGACCUACGGUACCACGCGCUCCACAGCACCCUGGCGUACUUCACCGGGUUGAAGGGCAGGGGGGCGGUCAACGGCCGGGACCCCGAGAUGGAUGCUAGGAUUGAAGAUGCCAGGUGGAUCGCGGACCAGGGGAGGCGGUGGGCUGCUAGGGCUCUACGACGGGAGGACAUGGAGGUCUAUCUAUUCCGGCUGCUGCUGGAAUGGGGUAGGUUGAUAGACGACGAUAGGGACAAGAUCGGGUUUCAACUUGGGUAGGGUAGCAAUGAUCUGUAAACUCAGUGACAGCAUCAGCAGCAUUUGUAUAUAUUUUUAUUUUCCUGCCGCUUCUGUACAGAGAUCUCACCAACUUCGGUUCAUAUCAAUCUUGGUCACCGC